UCAUGUUGGGCGAGGCAGGGCGAGGCGGGUUGCUGGAUUGAUUCAUUGACUGUCUGGGCGAAUUGGUUUUGGAGAUACACACGAAUGCAUGGCGGCAGGGGAAUGGGAUCCAUGUGCCUUUAUCUCUAUCUUCAUUUUCCCAUUCCCUCUAUUUCACCUUCUUGAAACCAAUUUUCUGUUUUCUAUGUCCUGCUAUGUGCCACGCUAUGUAACAAUCAAACCCGGGUUGGAUUGUAGGUUUCCGUGGUCUCGACCGACACAUCGCUGUUUCAGCAGCCAGUGCCACUCAGCAAGCGUGGCGCGUCUGCAUUCUGAAAGAGGCAUUGCUUGCCGGACGACGAAGGAUGCGAAGCGAAUGUUCCUUCGGACGGACUUCGUUGCCCACUUCGACCAGGCACUGGAGGCUGCAAACAAGAAAAAAUGCGGGGUUGGACUUGGGAGCCUUCUCUUGGUCACGUCGGGGAACUUUGCGGCGAGUGAUAAAGACAGGAAGGAUCAGAACCCCGGCUCACCUCCUGGUUUGUGAGUACUAUAGUAGCUCAGCCUGAUCGCCGCCCGCUUCGUUUUCAAACAAGUACGGAGUAGCCCAUUUCAGCUCUGCCGAUGGCGCCCCUCGCCCCAUCCUCACAUCGCUCAACGGCGACCACU